AAGUUUUUCACGUAUUCGGACAUAUGUACGUUCUCUCAACGUUGUGCAACUGAUUGGGGCAUGUGGCAGAGUCUUACGCUGACCGUUCUUUAAGCCAGAAAUUCACUUUGAGCUUGGCAAUUUAAGUGCGUGAGUGGCAGGCAAUUUUCUAGGCAAAAACGUAAUAGUUGCAGAAGAAGAGAUUGAAAUAACAAGUCAGAUGGGAUGUCAGUCUCAGAGUUUGUUGUUAAUUUGAAAGAAUAUGCUUAUUAAAACUAAGCACUGCUUUAAAGAAAACUUUUCGUUGAAAAAGCUCAAUCAAUGAUUUAAUGAUUUUGAAAUUCAUUUCGAUGCGAUUGGAGUGCAGCACAAUUGACUUGUAUGGGUGGGGUCGAAGGAAUGGAUUUGUCAUGUCCAACAAAAUUGCCAUUGCAGAAUGUGUGAGUUGCAUGCCAUAUGCUGGACAGCAGCUCACACGAGGGGCAUUAUCGAAUCAUUUGUUGUGGGAAAAACAAUCAGGCAGAGAGAGCACUGAAAGAAAUCGUCACCUUGACUCCGGCACUUGAGAGAUAUGCGUAUGGACAAUCGACUGCACAUACAAAUAAGCGCUUCAGCAUAGUACAAUGAACUGCACUCUCCAUGCACCACUUAAGCUGAGUAUAAAAGCAGCUGGGCCACAGCCCAAGCAUCGACAGUUGCCAUCAGAUAGUGACAUUAUCCAUAAUGCGUCUUUCAGGAAUCCUAUUGGCCUUCGCCGCGUCCCUCUGCUUGGCCUCGAGUGUGCUUGGGCAAUGCAUUGAUACCUAUGAGCCUGGCUGCAAGCUGGCAUCUGAGGUGGGCUACCCACAGCGCCAUUGCAUCGAUCCCACCAAGUACUGGAGGUGCUCCACCCUGAAUGGGAAGGCCGAACUCUUCAAGUGCCAGACGAACACGGCCUUCAGCCAGGAGAGAAAUGCGUGCGUGCCCUGGAUCGAUUGGGUCUGGAGGCCCUGCGUGGAGCCACCAAGUCGUCCAACUGGCUGGCAGCCAUGUAAUUAAGAUAAACAUAUGACUGCACAGAUUUGGAAUAAAAAAGACAAUUGAUACUGAAAAUUAAAAUUUUAUUAUUGAUGGAAUUGGUAGUUUGAGAAAUAUUAAACAAGCAGGUAUGAAAAUAU